CACUUUUCGCAUCCAUGCGCUCAAUCUUCUUAAUGUCUUUCAAAUCUUUAUCCUCACAUGGAUCUCGUGAUUCUUUUGCCCUGCCAAUAACCUAACUCCCUAUCGAUACGCUUCAUUGUCUACACGAAUAUCAUCAUGGUCUCCACGCGACACCAUCCCCGCGACUUUCCGCCCCCCGCGACUGGGAGAGCUUCGCCGCCAUCAACACCGUCUUCAUCUUCUACGGGUGCCAAUGGCUCCGGGAAAAAAUGGGUGCAUGUUCCGUCUGGUGCCAUUACCCUGUGGUUGAUCUUCUCCGUCCCGCUAGUACUAUGGGAUGCCAGCUACGUGUUGCUACGCCCUCACCUGAAGCUCGAAAGCAAGCUACAUUCCCCGAUCUGGACUCCGUAUGCGCUGUAUGGCACAAUCGAUUACCUCUACGGCUGGCCGGCAUUCAAUGCGCGCAAUGAAUUUACCAUUGCGCAAACGAUCCUGAACCUGGUCGAGACCGCUGGAUAUAUCUACUACCUGGUGAUUGUGUAUACGCAUGGGGUCACAGCGGGAAACACGUCUCGAGGCCAACGCAAAACCAAGAAAGGACCGAUGUGGAUGCUGAAAGAGUCCAAGGUUGUUACUGGUCGUCCCGGCGCGACUGCGCUUCUGGUGGCAUAUAGCGCCUCGGUUAUGACCCUUGCGAAGACGGCCCUAUUCUGGCUGAACGAGGCUUUCUCUGGUUUCGCAGACGUUGAUCGCAACGACCCUUGGACCUUGUUCUUCCUGUGGAUCAUACCCAAUGCUCUCUGGAUCGUCUUUCCUAGCUAUGGCGUCUAUGCUUUGGGUUCGGAAAUUCAGGCGUCACUAGAGAGUGCCACACCGCGUCAGCGAGUUGGGCGGCCCAAGUCGUCGUAGGAUGGCCCCGGACCACAGCAAGCUCGGGUUAAUGCUAGGUUGCAUCCGGCUAGAGACGCUUGACCAGGAUACGAGAGGGGAAGUCGCGUGCACCACACUAGCACGGAGUUUGAGCACCGGCCAUGGUUGAACUGAUUGGGGGGAAGUGGGAGUGGGAGGCAUAAUGGAGGACAGAUUUGAAGAUUUGAAUUAUACAUCCGUACCGUAAUACUAUAAGCCCCGGAGAUACAAGCUUAGAUAAAAUCAACAAUCGAGGAAAUUGAGUAAG